GGAAUUGAUCUACCAGAAGAUGCGGCAGAGAAGCAGCGUAUUUGUCAACUGGAAACCAGUUUUGAAUGUGAACCGGAUGUAAACGGUUUAGACUGUGUUGACAAGUCUCUUGUCUGCAAUGGCGUCAGCAACUGUUUAAAUGGUCGCGAUGAAAGUGUGGAAAUUUGUGGCUGUCUACCCAAUGAAUACCAGUGUAAUGAUACCCACUGUAUUGAUCUGAUAAAAAGAUGUGAUACCUUCAAUGAUUGUGAAGAUGGUAAUGACGAAGAAUCUUGUGAGACCUUCGUCUGCCCGGACAACUUCUAUAAAUGCGAUAACCACUUCUGUAUUCCACGAGAGCUGGAAUGUAACUUUGUGGAUAAUUGUGGAGACAAUUCAGAUGAAAUACGCUGUGCUAGGAGACAGUGUUUAUCAACAGAGUUCCGGUGUGAUAAUAAGGAAUGUAUACCAAUGGCGUAUAUCUGUGACACCAUGUUAGAUUGCAUAGAUGGCUCGGAUGAGCACGCUCAAAUAUGUGAUGAACAUUUCCGAUGUCCGUUUGGUUUCUAUGUGAAUAAAACUCUAGUUUGUGACCAAUGGCCAGAUUGUCCCUUCACACACCAAGAUCAAACCAACUGUAAGUCAUUCCAGUGCAGGGUUGAUCAUUUUAAAUGCCACAACAAUCAAUGUAUCAGAAAGACCAACAAGUGCGAUGGUGUCUGCGACUGUACACAAUGUGAAGAUGAAGACUACUGCAAGAUAGCUGGUGAAGUAUGUACUAUAGGAGAGAAGUAUAUGUGUAAAAGUACCAGGUAUCCAAGGUGUAUCAAUAAACGCUACGUCUGUGAUGGUAACAACGAUUGUUUGGACUCCAAUACUGGUGGUGAUGAAGAUCUAUGUGGUGAUAUUAGUAAUGGUUGUAGUAAGUCAGAGUUUGAUGACCCGGUACUCUGUCCAGAGGGCCGAUGUUUACCAGGAAAUGUUCGGUGUGACUACUAUGCUGAUUGUGUUAAUGGAGAAGACGAACAGAAUUGCGGUGAGUCCAAAAAAGCAUGUAAAGAAGGUGAAUAUCGUUGUUUAAAUCAACAAUGUAUACCAAGAUAUAAACGGUGUGAUGGUAAAACAGAUUGUUUUGAUCGCAGUGACGAAGCUCAUUGUGAUAAAGAAGAGUGUUUACCAGGAUAUAAUAGAUGUAACAGUGGACAGUGUAUCCAGAUUAGUUUCUGGUGUGAUCACUGGAGAGACUGCCCUGACAACUCAGAUGAGCUAGCUUGUGGUAAGUACGAAAACUGCAGACCAGAUGAAUUUCAAUGUACCAAUGGACAAUGUAUACCUCAAGACAACUUGUGUUAUGGUGGCAAGAAAAAGGGACGCACGAUUUGUUCAGACAAUUCACAUCUUCUCAACUGCUCUCAGUAUGUGUGUUCGGAAGCUACAGAGUUUAAAUGUAGGAAUUCCUACUGUAUUGAUAAAGAACAGAAAUGUGAUGGAAAUUUAGAUUGUAAAAUGACUUUUUGGGAUGAAUAUUUCUGUGAAUAUGCCUGUCCAUACAGAAAUGAGAAAUGUAUUUGUAUGGACAAAGAAAUGAACUGUGAACAUCAGAACUUUACAGAGUUGCCGUCUUUCAUCGACAACACCUUAACCAAGUUCCGGUUGUCAUGGAACAAUUUAAACGCCUCAAUUUCAGCUGAUACUUUUCACGAGUUCACAAGACUCACUUAUUUGGAUUUGAGUCACAACAACCUCCAUUUUUUACCAGAGAAUAGUUUUAAAUCACUAUGGCGACUGUCAACAUUGAACCUAGCCAACAAUGUGCUAACAGAGAUAAGAAAUGAAACAUUUUUAGGAUUGGGAAAUUUACGUCAACUAUUUUUGAGUGGAAACAAAAUAAGAUAUAUUCAUCCUGAUUCUUUUGUGGGCUUGUCACAUCUCAGAACAUUAGAUCUAAGUAAUCAAGAUAUAAAUAUAAUUCCACAAAACGCCUUCAAUGGUCUUAGAAACGUAUAUAAUUUAAAUUUGUCAAAUAACCACAUAGAAUAUGUAUCAGAUGGUGCCUUUAAUGGGUUAACCAAACUCUACCUUCUGGAUCUAUCCCAUAAUGCUAUCAACCUAAUAGAAGAGAAUGUUUUCCAUGGUAUACCCAACCUUAGAACUUUACAUACAGAUGAGUACAGAUUUUGUUGCUUAGCAACCGACGUAGACCAAUGUUACCCAGAACCCAAUGAAUUCUCAUCAUGUGAAGACCUCAUGUCCAACUACAUUCUACGUAUCUCAAUUUGGAUAUUGGGUAUGGUGGCAGGCUUCGGAAACUUACUGGUCAUUGGUUGGCGUGCUCGUGAUCUCAGAGGUGGCAAGGUGCAUUCGUUCCUCAUCACCAACUUAGCCAUUGGUGACUUCUUCAUGGGAAUUUACUUACUGAUAGUGGCAGUGGUAGAUUCGUACUACAGGGGGGUCUACAUCGUCCACGACAAGGCCUGGAGGAACAGCGAUUUAUGUCGCUUUGCCGGAUUCCUGUCAACUCUUUCCAGUGAACUCUCCGUGUUUACCUUGACUGUCAUCACCUUGGAUAGAUUAAUCUGUAUCAUCUUCCCGUUAAAAAUGCGGAGAUUGAGUUUAAAGGAGUCGUUUCUGGUCAUGCUGGGGGUUUGGUUGGUGGUGUUGUGUCUGUCGGUACUGCCACUCAUUGGUCUGGACUAUUUUACCAAUUUCUAUGGACGUUCUGGUGUCUGUUUGGCGUUCCACAUCACCCCUGAUCAUCCUCCUGGAUGGGAAUACUCAGUAGCUAUUUUCUUAGUGGUCAAUUUCAUUUCGUUUCUGCUAAUAUUUUUGUCCUAUUUUUGGAUGUUCACGGUUGCCAAGCGUACACGGAGUGCUGUCCGUGCCACGGAGACCAAGACCGAUGCUGCCAUGGCUAGAAGAAUGACUAUGAUCGUCAUGACAGAUUUUUUCUGUUGGGUGCCGAUUAUUCUACUAGGGUAUGCAUCACUAGGUGGAGCUAGCAUACCACAAAAUGUAUAUGCUUGGGUAGCAGUAUUUGUCCUGCCAUUGAACUCUGCCAUCAAUCCAGUCCUGUACACUAUCUCCACAGCACCUUUUUUAGGUAAUGUACGACACAGAGCUUACAGAUUUAGAAAAUCUUUUAUGAAUUCCUUCACUCAGGAAACCAAACAUACUUUUAUGGAGGAAAGAACUUCCAACACUGGCUACGACAGGAAACAAUAUAGACAUAUGGACCUUAUUAAAAUGCGAACAAUGGAUAGAUCUCCAGUUCAUUCACAUUCUGAGCAAUCAGAGUUCUAG